GGGAUUUCCCGCAAGCGAUUAACGAAAACAAUUAAGGAAAUAACUAAACCGAUCGUGCUUUCUCUGUCCCUGCCGGGUCCUCACGGCGGGGACCGCUCUUCGGGUGCCCCUGUGCUCUCGCGCGGGAAGAGCGAGGCGCGCGGGCUCCCCCCGCACCAGCGGUGGUAGCGCCCGGGGCUGCUCGGGCGCGCGGUUCAAAGCGCGGGGCGCGCGCGCGGCCGUUGGGAGGUGCCCGCCCCGCCCCGCUCCCCUCAGCGCCCGGAUCCGCCGCCCGCGGGGGGGGCCGGGCCGCGGGUCGCUCUGCCGGGCCCCGGGAGCCGCCCCGGGCGGGCUGGGGCAGCCCCGGCUGUCUGGCAGCCCCGCGGCUUUCCGGCCGCUGCCUGGCGGGACGUGGAAGCUGGAGGCAAAGCCGCGACACGCAGAGCUCCCCCGGUCUCGCUGCUCCCACGCGCCUGAGGGCCCGUCUCAGGCCUUGCUGCAGCACGAGAGCGAGUGGUGUGUGUGGGCAGUAACGCUGAUUCUGGGAAAUGGACAACAGUAUUUUUCAAGCUUAUCAAGAUGAAAUCCAGUCAUUGGAAGAAGAAAUUAAAGUGUUGACUGAAAAGUAUGAAGACAGCCAACAAGAAUCCACCUUUUUUUCUGAAGAGGAGAUAUUAACAUCAAUAAAAUCAUUCCAAAAAGAAUUUCACGCAGAACCCAAGGAACAUGAAUCUCCAUCAGAUCUGAAAGCUCAGCUUGAAAGUCUAGAAACAGAUCUCUCAUUUUUAAUGAAACUUACUGGUAUUCAGUUCACAAGUCAUUCCAAGAAAACAAUGGAGAAAACUAAAAACAAAACAGUGCAGAAGCACAGAUUAUCAGGAAAUUGCCACUCCAUGUCUUUUCAGUUGGAAUUUCAGCUUCUUGAGACGCAGAAUAAAGAGAAUGUGUGUGUUGUUGUUACCGAUCUCAGCAUUGUAAUGGAUUCUGGAGAAGAUUCAGAUGUGAGCAAGUUUGUGUCAAGCAUUGAAGAACAUGGAAAUCUCUUAACAUUUUUCAGAAGCCUUUCAUCUUAUGCUGAGUGGUUUGAGCAUCGUAGAUGCACCUUCCUGCAUUUCAAGGCCAAAUAUCCUGAUGUUGUGAUCCUUCCAGAAGGACUGUUGGGAGACUAUAUGAUUCUAAGGAACCCCAAACUUUCUGGGUUUGAAUUAAUGAUUGUUUGGAAGAUACAUAUGGAUCAAGAAGGGAGAACUACGCCUAUUCUGGACCUUCUAACUAAAGUACCAGAGCAAGUCUUGGACCAGAAGAUGGCAACUCUUGACAAUGCUCCCACCCGCUUCCGAAGCCUGCUGCUGCUGUUUGGGAUUGAGACAGCUAUUGAGAAUCUGAUCAAAGUGGUUGGCCUGCACAAAUGAACACCAGCAUGGCUUACACCAGGUAGCAUUUUCAAAAGUCAUUUUAAUUAGGAUAUUGUGUUACACAGUCUAUAAUUUUAUUGAAUAUAAACAUUAAGUUAUUUUCCAUUUAGAAACCAUACUCAUAAAACAUGCUAUCUGUACAAUUAUGGCACGUUAUAUAUAAAUUGUCAUGACAUGAAAAUAAAUACAGCCAUUUAAAUACAAAAAUGCCAAAUAAAAUAGUUACAUGUACAGCGUGAUUUCAUUAUAAAUUUAUCUUUCUGAAUCA